AUGAAGACUUCUACUUUGGCCGUAACUGUUUUCGCCAGCCUGGCUGCAGCUGCUUCUCCCUACUGGUACAUCACCGAGCUUCAAACUCUUGAUACCACUUCCACGACUCUGGAGAGCAGUCUUCAAUUUACAUUCGAAGAUGCAAGCACUUCGUUGACCACGAAAUGCUCAUAUGUCAACUCUCCGGGAUCUGGCCGCCCAGUCACCGUGUUGACAGCUACACCAUGCGAAAACCCGCAGGUGCAAUUUACCUAUAUCCAAACGAGCGCAAAGACUGGACAGAUUGCCAUCACUCUUCAGCAUCUCAAUGCUGCUGGCAAUCUCCAAGGAGAACAGCACGGAACCGGCAUCGCCGACCUCGCUUGCCACGCAGAUGAGGCCCAAAGUGGGACAGCCUGCUAUGCCCAGAAUACUGAGAUUAUUCCUGGGCCUGAGACUGGCGCUUAA